AUGUUCGUCUGGCAGCACAGGAACACUUUACCAUUUACUGUACAAAUCAUUUCUAGCCUAUAUUGUUUACAAGUCUUCCACAAAAUGAUCUAUCUACUACAGGUUUUAAGCCACACAGUGUCCUCUGUAAUGUCUGCCUAUUAUGGCCCAGAGAUGAGUGAAACAUCCAAGUUCUUCAUGUUAGUGGACAGAUUUUUUGAUUGUCUUAAUGGACGUUCCCUGCAUGAGGCCACUCGCACAAGGAAAUCUGACCUAGCUGCAUACACCUUGCCUGAUGACCCUAGAUUUGAGUUUUUAAAGACGGUGUUUUUGGGGUAUCUUGAAGAAUGGAAGCAAGCUGUCAUGACUAGACAAGGUUUUUCCAAACAGGAAAAAAAUAAAAUGUUCCUCUCGACCCAGACGCAUGAAGGAAUAGUGAUGACUGUCAAUUCCUUUAUUGAUGCCACCAAGUAUUUGCUUCAACAAGGUGUUCCAUACUUGUUAAGUCAAGUAUUUUGUCAAGACCCCCUUGAGGAACAUUUUGGGAGGCACAGAGGACUUGGGGCUAGGCACGACAACCCUACUAUACACCAGUUCAGCUACCAGGAAAACCAGCUAAGAAUGCAAAGGAGCCUAGCAAUGAAUAUUGUACCAAAGGGCAACACAGCUGGGAGGGGUGAUAAAAGGCAGACAGUCAUAUCAACCUCCCCACUAAAGAGAAUAAAAAGAAAUUAAUCAUACAAUUGGACAUUGCAUUUUGAGCUUGUGUAUUAUUUUCCCCAAGAAAUUCAAAAGCAGUGAGUUGUUUGGAGAAUGCUACUGUUUAGUGUUACAUAAUUAUGUAAAUAUUUAUAAGCUAUACUCAUGUAUACGGGUUAUUUCACAAGUAUGUUAUCUUCUUCUUAUGUACAGAUACUGAUGGAAUGUAAAGCUUUUAAAACUUUUAAGUAAUUAAGGAGGCUCUGAAGACUUUAAAAUUCUAAUUGUAUGUUAGUAACUGGUUGUAUGCAGUUAGACUGAUCUGCCCUUUCAUGUAAAAUGGAAUGGUACAAUAUGAAAUGGAUAAUGUAUUUUGAACAUAUUAGACCAACAUAAAGUAUAUGAACAUUAUUUGCAUGAAAUUUAAAAUUUCAAAUUAAAUAACAGAUUUACAUUCACUAAUAUUUUGUUAUUACUGAUAAUUUUCCUCUAGUUCAUAUGACAAUUACCCUAAAUGAAGUAAAUGAACUCAAUAUUAUAUAAUUUUGUCAAGUCAACAUGGUAAAAAAAAAACAGGUUUUUUAAUGGACAUAGUAGUGCUAAAAGCUUCCUGGAUGUUUCAAAAAACACACUAGUCAAUACAUUUCCGUAGAGCUUUUUGCUUGCUAGAUGUUUUUGUUUUCAAAUAGAAUCUUUCCAUCAUUUGCCUGCAUUUUGCAUGACAUCUGACUUUGUGAUAAGUAGACAAAAUUGUAAAAAACAAUUUCUCCUGAACCUCAGACUUUGAGUCGGAAUGAUAAGUACAAUCAUAAAAAAUUGAAACAGCCUUGCUUUCUGAACAAAUAGAGUCAGUAAAUUUUUGAAGUAGAGGAACUGACAUUGAUGAACACAAGUUUCUAAAGACUAGCUCCAAAAUUACAAAAAAAGCUAUAAUUUCUGAGGAUGGCUGAGUUAAUCCACCUCUCGAUUUAACAGAAAUCAAUUUCGUAGCCCCAUCUUUGUCGACAAGUUUUUCUAGACAUUUUUCAAUUUCAGGAAAUGAACUAAAUUUUUUUUUGCAUCUAAACAAAACAAACCCUGCAAUAUAUGCAACUAUAUCUCUCUCUCCAGAUCUCAACUCAUUUGAGUUUAGAGAAGAUUGAAAAGGGUCUGAAUUUUUUUUCAUGAUUUCUUCCGCUGUUUUUAAAGAGAUAAGGGCUGACAACUGACGAUUUUUGACAAUUUUAAAUAUUUCAUCUAUAAGUAAUGGCUGUAGAAGGUGGUAAUUGUGCCAUGCCUUUUCCUUAGCUGAAGAGGAGAAGAUUUCAGACUUGAAAAUAGGGUCAAGUAGUUUUAACGCUGGAAUCAACUGGUCUGCUGUAAAUACAUAUUUUAUGUAUUAUUUUUUACAGUUGAUAAGAUAGUGUUUGCAUUUCUGCUUUUUAUAUAUGAAUUACUUUGCAAUUUACUUGACAAUGUUUAAUACUAAGAUUUACAUAAGUAUAUCUCCCCUUUUAGGAGGACAUGUAAUUAAUAGAAGAAAAAUGUGCAAAUAAUUAUUUUAUAUUAUGACUGUUAUAAUGUAACUGUAACUACAACUCACUGAUAUAAUAUUAACAAUCAAAUAAAAUUCGUGUUAAUGAUGCAAAAAAAGAUAAACAUUUUUUUUAUAUUUACAUUCAGUGUAAUUUCCUUUACGAAAUCCAUU